AUGGAGAGCUUCUGCCGUGAUGCUUUCAGUCAGGAAUUGGUGGAUGACGGUCGUACUCUCAAAGCUGUUCUGAAAGACGACGCUGGAAACGAGGUGAUCACUCUUAUUCGAGAUGAGACCAUUCAUCAACGAUGCCAAAAGCUGUGGGUCUAUGCUCUGCUUCUGCCGAGACCGGCCUCGGUGAUGCUGAUUACUACCAUCGCUGAUUGA